CAUGAAUGACAUAUAUUUGUGAUCGGAUUGCGAUGUAGUAAUAAUUUUUGAUCCAGGAACGAGAUAGUAGUUUUUUCCGUACUUUGUAGUCAGUGCCUCAGUUAUAUUAGUUUAGCAAAUAGUGGAAAGUGGCCUUUAAGAUAAUAGUGAACCACGGUCCUUGGUGUCGACUAAUAGUUUCCGCGUUAUUUUACUUUCAAAGAACUGAACUGUUGGGAGUAAACUUUGUAUUUACACAGCAACUUCAACAAAUACAUCACACAGGGUGGAACAGUUUUGCGUUUUAAACCCAAAGAAGCGUAUUUGACCGUGUUUCUAUGCCCUCAUCGUACACCCGUCUUUUGGAUCCGCAAAAGGCAGUGCAAAUGAAAGCAGUCGUGUUGCCUCGUUAAUCCGUAGCGACGACUUCUAUUUUCGAAAAACGGAAAAAAUUGCCCACAUACCUACUGAUUGCGAGCUCACACACAUCCCAAGCUUCGUCUUAUUGGUCUAUGCUCCCAUUGCGUUGUUCAGUGUAUUUUAGUUUUCUUUCAACCACGGGGGAAAAACACUUGAGCUGCAAGUAUUUUCCCUACAAUUUCUUUUCGAAGCUACCGCAACCAGCCACUUGGUCUGCUAGCCUCGAUCGAAGAGUCUCCCGGCGCGUAAAAUUUGCUGAUCUGAUUGUGCACGGUAAACAAAGACGUUUCCUUGUUUUCCCAGCUUAAUCGCUCGGGUCGCGGAAGAGCAAGAGCCAGUCGUCAGUGGAUGUGGUGCCUGAGUGGGAAUGGAAGACGAGCUAGAAGAUAAGAUUCUCUAUCAGACGUUCUUCAAAUCGCACAUGAAGCUCCUUUCGAAGUUCGCAGUCGGCGUAUCGCCGCUCAACAGUUCGGUCGGCUACGUCUGGAAGGUGAUGCGGGUGUAUCUGCUCAAGCCGGAGGUGCUGAUAGCCGGUCUGUUGAUUUUCGUGUUUGUAUUCUACCUUCAAGCGAGCGAAGUAUGGAGCCGGGGCUUCAUCGGGAAAAUCAGCAGCAGCUUCGGACUGAUCAAGGGUUCCCGGGCCAACAAGCUUGCCCUGUUGACAUCAGCGGCCGAGAAGCACAGCUGGGAGGAGAAACGGGGCUCCAGUGCUGUGUAUGCGGUGCAAGGACGACGGCCACGCAUGGAAGAUAGGUUUGUAAUAGACGAAAACUUCAAUGAAACUGGCAUAUCAUUAUACGCGAUAUUCGACGGACAUGGCGGAGAGUACGCGGCCGAUUUCGCCAAAGCAGUCCUAGUGAAGAACUUGAAUUCUAAAUUGACGCAGUCGUGUAGUAUCGCCUCGGGAAAAACACCGGCACCGGCUGCGUCGGACCCGGUAGCAGAUAGUAAACACAACGAUUGCGAUGAGGACAAGGAGAUCGAAGUGAAUGAGCGUCAUAAGCUAAAUUCGAGCUCUGCAGCAACCGGUAGCAGUGCGGGCGGAGGUUCACUAACACAACGAAGACAGAGCUUUCGUAAGUCCAAGACGGAAGACAUCAUCGACAAAACCAGUAGUAACGGUAAUGGUAACGGAAACAGCAAUAACAACAAUCCAAAUAGUGCGAACCAAAAACUCGAGACGGAUUUGCUCAGCAAGUAUAUGGGGAAUGCGUCUCCGAUGAGGCAGAUUACGAAGGAAAGUCUACUCAACGGGACGACUGGCCAAACAUCUAGCCCUAAGCCUAAAACGUAUGAGGCCAAGUGCUACGUACAGAAUGGCAGUAUUAACUACGGCAAGAUUAUCACUGAUGAGGUGCUGGCUGCCGACUAUGAUCUUGUGGAAAUGGCGAAAAAAGUCUCAAACUUCGCCGGAACGACAGCACUGAUUGCGGUGAUGCAUAACACAAAGCUGAUCGUAGCGAACGUCGGAGACUCCCGAGGCGUCAUGUGUGAUCUCAAAGGAAACGCCAUUCCGCUGUCGUUCGACCACAAGCCCCAGCAGGUUCGAGAACAGAAGCGAAUCGCCGACGCGGGAGGUUUUAUCUCAUUCAAGGGUGUCUGGAGGGUAGCGGGAAUACUGGCCACGUCUAGGGCACUCGGCGAUUACCCUCUGAAGGAGAAGAAUCUUGUAAUAGCUGAACCAGAUAUACUAUCAUUCGAUUUGGUAUAUCAUCGGCCGAUGUUUCUGAUUUUGGCCACCGAUGGACUGUGGGACACAUUCACCAACGAAGAAGCAGUUGCAUUCAUCCGAGAACGAAUCGAUGAGCCUCACUUCGGCGCAAAAAGCAUCACACUUCAGGCAUAUAAUCGGGGCUCGGUCGAUAACAUCACUGUGUUGGUGAUUGUUUUCAAGAACGGUCGAUAUGAAGUCGGUUCCUCCAACGGGAACUGAGCAUCGCACCGUUUUAACAGAAUCUUCAGAAUAAUCGAAUACCGAUUGAAAAGAGUGACACUUUUAUUUUAGUAAGCGAGCACUAAACAGAUUUCAGUUUUUUUGAAAACAACAUUUAGCAGAGAAUGUGUAUAUCUAACAUUAGAAUCGGAAUGUUUAUGACUUGACAAUGUGUGCUGUGUUUCGAGGAUUUAUACGAUCUCUCGCGUUGCUCUUCCUGAACAGGAGAACUAUCAAAAAUGCUGUACUGAAGAGCAACGGAAUAGGUGCAUCAUGGUUUGCCCCAAAAGUUGAUUUUAUUGUGUUUCUGUUUUAUCGAUAGAUAGUUUAUAGAAUAAUCCCGGUUAGUUCGUUAGAAAAUCACAUUUUAUUUUCAACUAGACUGCUUAAAAUCAUAAUUCAUUUAUAUCGUGUACGCGAAAAAUAGUACUUGUGAUUAUCCAUUAUUUAUUUUCUGGUUUCUCUCGAAACUGUUCGAUUUCGUGAAAAAUUGACCGUGCCCAGACGAAUAACUUUGAAUUUAUGUAUGUUAUAUCAUUGUGCCUAAGCAAAACAAGCCUGAAAAGAGGAAAUAAUAUGCGGAAUGACAGGUGCCAAAAUUCGCACGAGUGCUCAACCAGUUUAAACUAACAAAAAAGAGAAUCCAGUUUUUCGAAUAAGAAACAUGUUAUGCUACUUGAUUUACACUUAGCAUACUCUAAUUAUAUUGCAAACAAUAUGAUCAAGAGUGUGAAACACACGCCGUUAUAAAAAGAGCAAUUUCCCGUGUGGUUUAUCAAAUACCAAAAAUUAUAUCUUCACUGGAAAAAUAAUGCUGCACGAUCACAAACGAUAAGUUCCAAUAAAUUUUCAAUUGUAUUAUAGAUAAAUUUUGUAAAGGAAAUUGUGAUGAAUAAAAUAUUCUGAGUCUAAACUAAA